GGUGGGGGAUGGGUGGCAUUAAACAGUGGACUGGCUAACUCUUAAACCUCUGCUGCAUUCAAGGAAAAUGUGUAACUACCAGUACACUAGUUACACUCAACAUCAAAUCUGAACCCUGUCUUUUUAAAUAUAAAUUUCACACUGUGUUAAAAAGUGCAUAACAAUUUCCUUAAAAGUCAUUACAUGAGCAAUUUUUCAAAAGAAAUAUUUUUAAUCUAUUAAAACGUGGAGAUCUGCACGCAGUUCUCAACUUUCCCAGUGCUCCUGAAAGCAACAUCAGUGAGGGGAUUCACGCAGCUGCAGAGCAUCGGAGAAGCAGAUGGAAACUGUUUCAGUGUUUGGAACCAGAAAAAAGUCUGCAACUAAACCAGAUAAUGAGCAGAAGGAAGAAGAACAGGAAGAGAUAAUGGAGCUUUCUGCUUCAGAGGACUUUCUCUCAGACUCCAGCCAUGAUUUGGACAGUGAUUAUAUCCCAUCAGCUCCUCCUUCCUCAGAGGAUGAACUAACCUUUUCGCAGCCUAAGCUCAUGAAGACACAUGAUGCAUUAAAAAACCCUGGCAAAACCUCUCUCAGCCAAAGCUAUGUUCAUGAACAGAAGACACUGAUGGACAGUGGUAAAAGUAAUGAAGCUCUGGACAUGCAUUACAAUGCAGAUACUGAGGAAGAAAAUCCGGAGGAAUAUGAAGAUGAUGAGGAACCUGACAUUCUGACUCAGAGGCCCACAAGAGCAGAACCAUCAGAUGAUCACAGACAGACAGCAGGAAAAAGAGUGACGUACAGAGGAAAAGGGCCAAGGAAGAAGGUUGAACCAGCUGAAGAUUCAGAUGAUCAGGGAGAACCACUGAGCCAGUGCUCAAAAUAUGCAGAACCAUCAGAGGACAUCAAGAAGAAAUAUAAGAUAGGUACCUACAAAGUAAAAAGGUCAAGAAAGAUUGUUGAAUCACCUGAAGAUUCACAUGAUGAGACAGCACAAGAUCAGGCAAAACUGUUGAGCCAAAGCUCCAAAUCUGCAGAACCAACAGAGGGCUUCAAGAAGAAAAAGAAGACAGAACUGGAUCAGCUUCUUCUCACCAAACAAGGGGUGAAAAAAAGGCCUUGGAGUUCAGCUGAGAAAGCAGCAGUAUGGCGACAGCUUGGAAAGUACAUAACCUUAGAGACCAUUCCUGGUAAAGUACCUUAAGGCACUUAAGACAGAGCCAGUGCUCAAGAGUAGAACCUGGAAAGAUAUUAAAAACCAUGUCUACAACUCCAUCACAGCACAGAAGAGGAAACUGUUGUAAACUGUUUGCGUUCGCAUGAUUGUUCGUGGUUCACAUGUCUCAGUGUUGUGAGGUGGAGUUCUUUUGGUGUGACACAAUGAGGCCUAGGUGUGUUGAUGCUAGGCAUGUUUCUAAGCUUUUAUAUAUAUAUAUAUAUAUUUAAAUUUGGAACAGAUGUAUGUUCACACUGGCUACAAUCAUAAAAACUACAUUUUAAAAACCACUUUUUCCCCCAGUUUAUUUUUCAAAAGCAAUUGAAGUUAAAAUAACGAAAGCUGUCAUUUAAAAUGUCCAGCUAUUUAUAGGAUUUAAAAAAAAUCCUUGUUUUUCUGUUUAAUUUAAUAAAAGGAUGCUUUGCAAAGAAAUUGUUUCUUUUUAAUGAAACUGCAUGAAUUAGUCUAAAGUUUAUAUAUAAUCUAAACGUAAAAAUCGGGAAGAAUGAUUUAAUUUUUGUACUUGACAAAUAAAAUGUAAUAGAUAAAUGUAAAAAUCCCAGCACUGUAGCUGCUAAACUUGCUAGAAUCUAUCUAUCUA